AUGGCGGGACUGAGGGACGGGGCGAGGCACGGCGUGUCCUGCGGGACGGGGAGACCGAAUGUCAAGGUGCCGCACGUCAAGCUGACCGAGACGGCCCAGCGAGCGCUGGAGAGCUGCCCGGGUGGCAAGGACCGUACUUCUUCUCAACCUUCAGUUUGUUUCCAAGGAUCUCAAGGACAUGUUAAAAUUCCCAAAGUUGAUUCCUCAAAUGAAGUGAAGACAUUUAGCUUCAGCUCGUCAAAUGUUGGCAAAGAUAAUCCUCAGGGAAGCUUAGACUGUGUCCAGCAAAUGAACUCAAGUUCCGGAGACUCAAAACUCACUAGCCUGGGAGUUACACAGAAUAAAAUCGCCGUACGUGCAACUAGUGAUUCCUGUCAGACGACUAAAGCACGCUUGACCCAGGUAGAAGAGGAGUCAUGCAAUAGAAAUCUAAAGGUCAUUAAAGCUGGUGGACCAUUUCUAGGCAGAAGAGUACCGAUCAAAAAACUAAUACGGUGUGGUUCAAGUCCUGUGCUAGUGCGGAAUAAAGUGACAUCCACAAACUGCGGCAAAACAUCACGGAGGUCUCAAAAACACAGUAGUGUUUCCCACAGACCAUACAAGGACAGGGUGGUUCACUUACUGGCACUGAAGAAUUACAAGAAACCAGAGCUACUUGCUCGCUUGCAGCGAGAUGGUGUCAACCAAAAGGACAGGAAUUCCCUUGGAAUUAUCCUCAAGCAGGUAGCCAGCUUGAAUCCAAAGGAUAACUGCUACGUUCUGAGGGAUUACUUAUUUAAAGACAUUCAGAAAGAUUGGCCUGGAUACACUGAAGAAGAAAGACAGUCAUUGGAGUUAAUACUUUCAAAGAAGUUAAAUCCACCUCAGAGUGCCGCCACUGCCACCACUACCAGCAGCGAUUCGGUCUCUGCUGCAACUUCUAAGAACAAUGAUAAAUCAACUACUCAGAAACGGCAUUCGAGUCCCAUUUCUGUCCGUCACAUGGGCAAAAAGCAGAGGAUAGCUCAUCAGAGCAAUCGAAUGUACCCCUUGCUCAGCAGCCACCUGCCAGCCCUCAGUGCAAAAGCCACCACUGCCCCUCUGCUGUCCACCACCACCACCACAACCAUCUUGACUCCCUCUUCUGCGUUGCUACCUUCCACAUGCCUCAUUUCCAGCACUCCUCAAGUUGCCUUGUACAAAUCCCCCAGCACCCCUAAGGGGCAGGGGUCACAAAAGCUGCCGGUGGCCACCUUCAGUCAAAAUGGAAGUAUCGCCUGUGAAGUGCAGCAGGAAAAACAUACCUCUCUGACUCCUUGUGGAACCCCAGUGGCUCCCGCCGUGCAGGUGAAGCCUCCUGUGUCUGCCGGCAAGAAGCCUGUGGUGUUGCACAAAAAGUCCUGUAAUGUGAAAGAGCAUGAGAAGAACAAAAGCAAUACACAGGAUGUUAGGGCAAGUGAGGAGAAGAAAAACGCUAGUGAAGAAGAAACUAGCAACUGGAAAAAAUCCUCCGAUCUGGAUUCAGGUGAUGGACUUACAGAAACUUGCACUGCCUCUGUAGAAUCUCCUUCCUCAACAUCUGAACAGCCAGACUACAUCCUAAAAUACACAGCUAUAGGCUCAUACAAUCAACGCCAGAGUUACGAGGAUGACUUCAAUGCGGAGUUUGAUGAAUACAGGACUUUGCAUGCUCGAAUAGACAGUGUCAUCAAGAGAUUCACGCAGCUUGAUGAACUGCGGAAGAGUCUUUCUCCAGGGUCCAAAGAAUAUGAGGUCUUUUGUGAGGAAGUCUUAGAAGAGUAUCAAAAGGUAAAAGAGUCUUAUCCCAGCUACUAUGAAGAGAAACACAGAUGUGAGUACCUCCACAAGAAGCUGUCUCACAUCAAGAGAAUGGUAGUGGAAUUCGACAGACAGCAGGCAGAGACGUGGCACUACGCCUUAUUUGGCCAGCACAGUUGA